AUGAAUGGUCUGAAAUGGGCGAGUUACCAAACGAUGACGGUUGAGGAAGAUGUUGGCGUAACUCCAUCCUUGAACGUGGAAAAAGCAACGAGCGCCAGAAAACGUCAAGGGAGAAAAAAUAUGCCCAUGUCUAAGGAGUUGUUGAUCCAGGACAAUCGAUUAGCAACGCUGCGUCUGCUUGUUCUGGCGUAUACUCUGUACGGAGUAGGAUGGAGACACUCUUUACGCGGCGUCCCUUGCCAUCCGCCACACCGCCGCGUAUUUAUUGUGCGGGCCGGAGUUUGGUCUCAAUCCCAGGCUGGUCGUUUGAGGACCUCGAAACACGUAAUGUCUGGCUUCGUCUCGCUCGAUCCAGCCUAUCCAGGCGGCCGUUUGGGCGUGGACGGAAAUCUGGUGGAAAUCUAG